AUGUCUUCUACAAUAGCCAGAACAACCACAACAUCAACGACGACACUGCCAACGGCAAGGGACACGAGGAUCCACUCUUCCAAUGCCAUCACCACGUCCUCUUCCUCACCCUCGCCCUCACCCUCACUCUCCAUAUCAACAGCAGCGACGGCAACAGCGACAGCGACACAACCCCGCCGCACAGGCAACGGCAACGGCAACGAUAAUCCUGCCUCCUCGGAGCCCUCCUCGUGUCGACCCAGCCUCCCCCGCCGCUCCUCCUCGCUGCACAAACUCCUGAUCACAAAGCUGAGGCCCCUCCCCUUCCAGUACCUCUGGUGGGUGUGGCAUUCCAAAUCCGCCGGUCCCGUCGCCAGCACGACGCAGCAACCUCAACCUCAACCGCCACGCCCGUUCUUCUGCCCCCAGCCCGUGCUCGACGCGUAUCAGUUGAAUUUGCUGGUCGAGAACGUGGCCGACAUCGGGGCUUUUUACCGCAUCUUCAACAAUCUGCCGUGGACGUCGAUCCGACGGGGCGAUAGUAUCCACAUUUUCCGCGCGGGAGUCAGGCCACUGUGGGAGGACGAGGAGAACAAAAGGGGAGGGCGGUGGUUGAUCCGCGUGAGACCCGGAACGGGCGCGCCUGCAGAUGGAGAAGCAGAUGCGCGUUCAAAUGCACAUGCAGACGCGCGAGUCAGAAGUGAACACAGCAAAGGACAAGACGGGAGGAGGAAAGACGUGAGGACAUGGGAGGAGGUUUGCCUGCUGUGUUUGGGCGGUGAGUUGCAGAGUGUGAUAGCUCAAGAAAGGGACCAUAUCCUCGGCCUGUCCUUCUCGCCUCGGGCCAACUUUACGCAUAUUUCGAUAUGGACCAAGCAGGGCGACAAUCCUCGGAGUAUUCUGUUGUUGGAGCGAGCUAUCCUCAGUGGCCUUUCAUCGGAUCUGAGACCAAAACCGAGCGCCGAUUUCAACUAUCGAAGACAUGCCGAUAAGAUUGGGCUUGGGAGUGGCGUGGGCAUGCAGACGAUGCAAAGUCGACAGCAGUCACAGGUGCAGGUACAGAUGACGGGAUCAUUCCAGUCUUCCCUACCGACAACAAGCUCAGCGGCAAUGGGUCGACCUGGCCCGAUACGCGCGUUGACCGUGGGAUGA